GGCUUACCUCGGCAGCAAAACGGACCACGGGGACCGCACGCGGAGUCGCGAGGUAUACACGCGUGUGCCAGUGCCCGCAAGGAAUACGGCAAGAUAGACACGUAUAUGCAUACCGAUAUAUCUAUAUACCCCGCGAUAUACCUUAUACGUGUAUAUAUAUAUAGGUAUACAGAUAUACAUAUAUUUUUUUAACGCCCGUCCGCGAGGAGGCAUCCGCGGUGCGUACACGAGGCGAGGCGGAGUGCAACGAGUGCCCCGGCGAGGACGACUCAUCGCCCGGGAGUGAACAGCGCGAAGGGAGGAGGCCGAGAGAGAGAGGCCCGGUCCCGAAGGCGGAGAGAGGGAGGGAGAGAGAGAGAGUCACCGAGGAGAGGUACGCGGUCGCACGAGGAAGAAGCCGCCGCGGCUCACCGAGAGCAUGGCGAACAGCGUUGCGCCGGACUCGUGGGAGCAGCAGGCCGACGGCGCCGACGCGAACCCCGCCGUCCAGGAGAGGGCCCACGAGGUCGAGGGCAAGUUCUCCACCCUGAACGUGAACGCGGCCGAGUUCGUGCCUUCCUUCUGCAUUAGUCCCGCGGCCCCAAGUCUCCCAGUCGCCCCGGCCCCGGCUAACGCGCCACCGGCCUCCGUGCCUCCGGAGACCCACCACGCAGCUAGUGCACCGGCAAUGCCACCUGAUCCGGUGGGCGACCGAGCCGAGGAACCUCCAGCCGGAGGAGGGGCUCCACCUCCCAGCGACAUGAACAUCGACCCUCUCAACACCAGCCCUGAACAUCAACCUGCUGACUCCUGGGAAGAAGCUGCCGUCGACGGUGACCCUCUACUAACUCCUGAGAACGAAGAGGCUGACAUCGAAGAAGAUGAGGAGACGGUCGUCAAGAUACCUAAGAAGAAGGUGAUCAAAGUUGCGGAAGAUACCAAAAGCAAAAAGGAGCAUGUCAACGUCGUGUUCAUAGGCCAUGUGGAUGCUGGCAAGUCUACCAUUGGAGGCCAGAUAAUGGCCUUGACGGGGAUGGUCGACAAGAGGACCUUGGAGAAGUACGAGAGAGAAGCGAAGGAAAGGAGCAGGGAGACGUGGUACCUGAGUUGGGCCUUGGACACCAACCAGGAGGAGCGAGAGAAGGGAAAGACGGUGGAGGUUGGCAGGGCGUACUUCGAGACAGACAGGAAGCACUUCACAAUCCUGGAUGCGCCAGGUCACAAGAGCUUCGUGCCUAACAUGAUCGGUGGAGCAGCACAGGCUGACCUGGCGGUGCUAGUGAUAUCGGCCAGGAAAGGAGAGUUUGAGACAGGCUUCGACAGGGGAGGGCAAACCAGGGAGCACGCCAUGCUGGCCAAGACUGCUGGAGUGAAACAUCUCGUGGUGCUAGUGAAUAAGAUGGACGAUCCAACGGUCGAGUGGGACGAGGGAAGGUACAACGAAUGCAGAGACAAGAUACUGCCCUAUCUCCGUAAGUUGGGCUUCAAUCCGGCGAAGGACCUUACAUUCAUGCCGGUCUCUGGACAGCUUGGUAUCGGUUUGAAGGACCCGAUACCAGAACAAUUGUGCACCUGGUACAAGGGGCCACCCUUUAUUCCUUUCAUCGACUCGUUGCCCUCCCUCAACAGGAAGAGCAACGGUCCGUUCAUAAUGCCGAUUGUCGACAAAUACAAGGACAUGGGAACGGUGGUCAUGGGGAAGGUUGAAGCUGGCGAAGCCAAGAAAGGACAGUCGUUACUCGUCAUGCCUAACAGGACUGCAGUCACCGUCGAUCAGCUAUGGUCCGAUGACGAGGAGGUUACCUCAGUGGGUCCUGGAGAGAAUGUCAAGAUCAAGUUGAAGGGCAUCGAGGAGGAGGACGUCAGUCCAGGGUUCGUUCUCUGUGACAGCAACAAUCCCAUCAAAACGGGAAAAGUCUUCGACGCACAACUCGUCAUCCUGGAACACAAGAGCAUCAUCUGCGCAGGCUACAGUGCGGUGAUGCACAUCCACUGUGCAGCGGAGGAAGUGACGGUUAAGGCACUGAUAUGCCUCGUCGACAAGAAGACUGGCGACAAGAGCAAAACGAGGCCGAGGUUCGUCAAGCAGGACCAGGUGGCGAUAAUGAGAAUCGAGUGUGCAGGAGUGAUAUGCCUUGAAAAAUUCAAAUUAUUCCCUCAGAUGGGACGGUUCACCCUUAGGGACGAAAACAAAACCAUCGCCAUUGGCAAGGUGCUCAAGGUGAUCGAGUAGGCGAUCUCAGGACUGGAACAGUUCCUGCCGAUAUCCUGGGGCUCGGCGUGGGUGGGCCACGGGUAGAGAGGGGGAGAAAGAGAAAGAGCACUCAGCGACUCGAGGAGUACUUAGGAUGUAUGCAACGACGCAAGCCAAAUCACCCAAGACCGUUCGCACCGAGCCACUUGUCGAGACCUGCACAGUGUGUGCGUGUGUGAGUGCGUGCCUGUGUUGAGAGGAAUAGGGUGACCAAGUAGUAUCCGAAGCAUCCUAGGAGGAAGACAAAGAUGGCCCUACGGAGUAUACAGCAGCCGGACAGUGACACCUAAUUGAGAAACAAUCCCUGACGUGUCUCGAUCUCCAUAGAAGAGACAAUUGAAAAUGUCCUGAAGGGAGAGAUAGCACGCCAAGACAUGUGAAAUCAGCAAUCGAAGACGUUUCUUUGCAUCAUACCAGACAGCGUUUCACCCAUUGGACUUCGAUGGUGAGUCGGCAUCGAGGUGACAGGUUCGUAUUUGUCCAACAUACAUUCAUAGGUUUCUAUGUUAACGAGGGAUGUAAACAGAGAACCUCUGGACAGAGACGUCAUGCGACAAUUAAGUGCUACAGGCGUGCGUACGCGCGCGCGCGCCUGUGACACGUCAAGCUAGUUUUGAGAUUAGGAAUCCUGUCGGUGGCAUAGGGAGAACCGCGGCGAUGAUACUAAUUUUCCUAAACUGUACCAGAGAGAGAGCGAGAGUAAGAGAGAGAGAGAUUGGACGUGAGAAUAAGAGAGUAAGAGAGAGAGAAUGACUGUCUGGAGGAAUGCGAUCGAAAGAGAGAGAAUGAGAAAGACGCCCUGGUCGGACCUUGAGCGAUAUUUCUUGUGUCGAGGAUAUUUAAUAUAUAUAUUGUAAUAACGGAUAGGGAGAGGCUGAGGAGGGGGAGAUAAACCAUUACGGUAUAUAUGAAAUAUACACGCCCCCCUGAUCGGAGAGUCGGCGAGCUGGAGCUAACCUCUAUUGGCCACCGAUCGGAGGGCAGUAUAUAUUCAGAUAUAUAUAAAUAUAUAUAUAAAUAUAUAUAGAUAUUGGAUAGGCGAGAUAUUUUUGUUCUUCCGAAAGCCUGGGCGUGAGAGCAAACCCACGAAAUGAGGUUAUGCAGAGACACGGGGUGGGGAAGGGGGAGGGGGGUAUAUAUUGAAAAAUCAACACGUAUAAUUAAUAUAACACGAGAGGGGCUAACGUUUAAGGGGAUAUUGAUACCAAUUGAUUGAUUAAUUUUCAUUAUUAUUAUACAUCAUCAUCCACACUAACGGUUGUCGCAUGCCGGCGAUGGUGAACCUUCGGACUGAAUUAAGGGGAUGGAGAAGAACGGCUUAGUGGAUACGUAUUUACGAUGAUAUGUGUCGAAAAUAAACUUUGGAGGAACUAGGUAGAGCGUUACAUGUGACGAAUUACGAUUAUUAUUAUUGAAUUAUUAUUGAAUUAUUAUUGAAUUAUUAUUAUUAUUAUUGAAUUAUUAUUAUUAUACUGUUUCUUAUUUUAUUGUCAUUAAAAACAAAUUUACAACAAAGGCUAUUCUCGUUCGAGUAAUUUUCCAGUGGAGUUUUCUGCACAGGGUUUGGCCUCUGGACGCCUUUCGACCUCGUUCUUAAAAUCUGGUAUUAUCAGAGGUAGGGAUAUAUGUGGAAAUGAUUAUUGCAAAAAGUGCGCAACAAAGGGAGUGGCGAUGGGGUAUCAGGCCAGGCCUUGGGUAUGUUGUGUGCAGAAUGCUCUGUUGGACAGGAAACCGAUGCUCUCCUUGGAGGUUAGGGAGACGCAGGGCUACGUGGCUUAAUGCGUCGUAGAAGUGCUUUUUUAGCUUUGAAACGGGCGACACGCUGCUGUGAGGAGGUUAGGAUUCUAUGGACAGGGCCCGACUUGCGGAUCGCUCAAGGGGUGUACGACUCGAAGGAACGUGAGAAACAUGGAUACCACUUGUAGCAUUUUGUUCCGUUGCUGUACAAUGUGAAAUGUAUUGUUGAAAGUGGGACUCUGUUGUCGAUUGCUGAAACCAAACAACAGCAAAGUGACUCCAAGAACUUGUAACUUUUGCUGUGGUCUUGCUAUCAGGGGGAGUUUAUACGUUUGAACUUUUAAUACCUUACGAAACUCUCCCUGUGCUGUCGUAGAUAGAGACAAGUCGUGGAAGAAGAGUUCUAAGUCAUAAGUUCAUAUGUUGUUUUGAUACAAGAUUUAACUUAUUUCUUAUAGUCGAAAUUGUAAAUUGUGUUUGUAUUGGACUUGUUAUUAGUUAAUACUUGGAAAUUCUAUGGCAAUUGAACGGAGUUCGUUACGAGUGGUUUCCAUUGUUCCUAGUGGAACGAAACUAUCGAGAGGCGUCUCGAGGCAGGGAUGUUCCUAGACGGCGCCGACUUUUCGCCUCCAUAACAAUUAUUGGAUUGGCUGAAAAGCCCUGCGACAUUUUAUAUGCUUUUAUUUCUUAUAUUUAAUGAGAACUCACAAAUGCUUUGAGCAGCUAUUCAAUAAAUGGGCAGAGAUCUGAAAUGGAGAUGGGGGAUUACUGUCUGAAGUUGUAAUUCAAUAGAUAAAUAUGAAUUUUAACAUUGUGCCGUUGUGUCGCAAGACUUUUUAGCCAAUCCAGUAAAAGUAAGGUUAAGCGGUCCGCGGAACGACACGUGUAGUUCCUCGGAGUAGGGGAAAGUGUGUGUUUGCACGUAAUUUACGUUCGCUCGAUGUAAAUGUUGUAUAGAAGUGCGAGCGAGAUGUGGAGAACGAUUUUUAGGUUUUACACGUGAGCUCCGAGCGUCGGAAUCGUCAGGAACAAACCCGCGACUCUGUGAGUUAGGUUAUGUGACGCGGGCCCGAGGAUGCGCGUACUCGUGUAAGAUAUAAGGAUCGGCAACGACCCCAUUGUUAUUAAUAAAUAUUGAUCUAAUAUUAAUUAUUGUACUCGCGGAACUACCGAAUAAUACUACGUGUAAGCAAGAGAGUGAGAGGCAGGACAGAGCAGACUAAGCAAACGUAUUUGGAAAGAGCGAGAGAGUGACUUCUCUGAGUGCGUAGUCGAAUAAGUGCGAGAAACGAGUGCAACGUUACCCAGAAUGGGAAACGGAGGGAAUUUUACAUAGGAAUCUCUCACAAGAGUAAUAUAACGUGCUGGGCCAAGUAAUGGUGCGAAGGGCUGACGAGUGUCUCUCGAAGGGUUGAUUCUUGGAGGGAGAUGCAUCGCUAGCACUCUGUGCCACCGGUGCACCAAUGUGGAGGGCCACAUUAAUAUUUUUAUAUAUUAACCGCGCUACCGAAUCCAUUCGAUCCUUGCCGACGAUAAGGUCUGUCAGGUAGCACGAUUCUGGGAAUGUGAAGUCGCUUUGCACGUUUCGAGGACAUCGUAUUCUGUAGAGGUUUAUCGGCACGGCGGAUUACCUUGCUUGAAGCAUAAGAAGUCGAUUGCAUUGGACUGGAGAUUCAGAUAAAAGGGGAGAAGGGAUGUGUUUCGUACUUCGAGAUGCUCUUCGGCAAAAUGGCUCGAGGCAUGCCUCGGUUUUCAUUAGAAAUCGUUCCAAUGGCCUCUGCUCGGCUCCCGGCUAAUGGUUAAGCGACAACACUAGUGUACAUUAAAUUUGGCGGCAAUUAUAAGUGUAAUUAGGAUAUUAUUUUGCUACUUGAGAAAUUGCCACUACGGAUAAUUGGUAAUUUGACUCGAUGGAACGCCAUCGGCAGACCGAGUGGAAAGGAUAUUUUUUCAUAAUUCCAUCGAGCGACAAGUGUUUAGAGCACUUUUCUAUAAUUUCAUUUCUGUGUCGAAAUGUUCCUUCCACGGUAUGUAGCUUCCAUCGUCUGUCAAGUGUCGUGUGAUCUUCUCGAGUCGUUACAUUGUCCCGGCGAGAACUAUCGAAAUCGUAUGCGAAGGAUGUCCUUCCUAGGAUUAUUAAAGAUAUUAUUUUCAAUAUGAAUUGGCGUGGAUUCUGGAGAUAGCGUUACUAUUGCGCACCCGAUUUGGAGAUAAGCGAGCGAAACGAUUCUUAAGAGAGUUCUGCGAUUACAUUUAAUUAUAUGUACAGGUUAUAUACGACUGUGUGUAUAUAUUUGUAAGUUACACAUGCAUAUAUAAUUUGUACGUAUUCACAUUGUGGUGGCGCGAAACGAGAGAGGUUGAGUGGAGGGCGAAACCUUCGGUGUCCUCGAAUGUAACCUAACCUAUUUUAUAAUCCGGGAGGUCGAGGCGCGAUCUUACGUCCGUUUCGUCCGCGUGGUCCUAAACUAAAAAAUACCGCUGCCCCCUCCCCGAUGAGCAGAGCACGCCUGACCGUAAACGCCACGGAAUGGUGUAUCGCGUAAAAGCGAAACACGAAGUGGACCCUGACACAUUUUGCGUACCCACUGGUUCUACCUCGAGGGGAAUAUUCUUGAAAGAUUGCAGGAGAAUACCUUAGAUAUCUAUCCUGUAAUUAGAGUUUUUUAGUGCGGAUAUCAAAGGAACGGUUUGGUGUGUCGACUCCAUGUGUCCUGCACAAUGUUUUUAAAUUCUCGAGAAUUUAAGUUCUAUAUCUUGAAUAUAACCAAGAGCGUUAAGGUAUUUUAAAAAUUCCAAGGGAAUUUAAGGGAGUUUACGAGAACUAGGAGAAUUUCUAUUUAAAUUAAUUUAUAAAAAUAAUUUAUUGCCUUUAGUAAGUAAUGUUCAUAAAGUUAGGGUACUUUUUGUAAAUAGUGUCCCUUCAAUUCAUAGUUCCUUUCUUGCUUGCGAUGAAUUUCUAUUUCUACAGUUUGUACCACCACUCUUACUAAUCUCGAGAUGCACACAAAGUUAGGAGGUUAGGUGAGUCGAUUAACUGUGGCUUGUUCAAUUAUUGAAAAUUUAAAAAGUCAAAGUCUGAAAUAUGGUUAAAAUGUCUAAAAUUAUAAUCGCUAAUAGUUUGUUAAAAUUACUGAGAAUAACUUUAAUGUUAUAAAAAGAAAAAUUCAGUUCUCAUGAAUUCUCAUAAAUUUGUGGAAAAUUGAAUCAGCAGUUAUAUAUCUCGGUUAUGUUACCGGGAUAAUAUAACGAACGAAAAACUAACCCUAUGUCUAUGGAUGCAACUAGCCUCGUGAAUCUAGUUGUCUAGGGUAUUCCCCGCUCUCAGGGCAAAUGCAACCGGUGGUGAGGGCUAUAUAGGGCUGGCUCUGCGGGUUCCAAUGGAAAGUCGGCCUCCAAUUGGCUCUCGCGGUCUCCCAUGCCUCCCCAGCCCUAGAUCCAGGAGAAAACUUGUCCAAUUCGAACGGGCGGAUCGCGAGUGACCCUAGUCCGUUCGUCUCUCGCUUUUCCAGUCGCUUUGAUCCUCGCCGACUUUUCCCUAGACGCGGCGGGACAGCCUUGUAAGCUUUGUAACUCGUAUCCUUGUAACACGACACGCGUAACACAACCCCCCCACUCACACACAAACACACACAUGUAUACACUGUCCAGCCUUUUUUAUAAGAGGGGAAGAGAUACAGAAUAAAAAAAUAGCGAAAAGCAAAUCGGAUUAAAAGGUUGACGACAUGUUGUACUAAAGUAAUAAAAGAAUUAAAAAAGAGAUAAGAUGAUACCGGAGGAGGAAGAAAGAACUAUAUUAUUACUGGAACUGUAAGAAGCGACUGCGUGGGAGAGAGAGGGAGAGAGUGGCUGGAUGAGAGAAUGAGAGAGAGAGAAUGAGGUGUUUUUUCGUCAACGCAUGUGCGCCCGCUCCUCUAAGCGACGGCGAGGGGGAGAUGAAUAAAUUUCAAUGACAUUUUCAUAUUAUCAAUAAAGAAUGUACACACAUGAA